GGGGAGUCGUCGCCGCCGCCGCCACCGCUACCGCCGCCGCCGCCGCCGCCGAGGUGACUGAGGAGAGAGGCGCCUCCUCGCUCCCGCCUCCGCCGGACUUCAAUGCCCAGUCCCCAGCUCGCCAGCGUUUUUCGUUGGAAUAUACGUUGCACAUUUAUGGCGAUUCUGAGCGUGAGGGCAGACUUCUGCCAGGCUCAGCACAGCGUUUUCGCUGACAAGUGAGCUUGGGGUUCUAUGUGCCAUAAUUAACAUUGCCUUGAAGACUCUGGACACCGAGACGAGACUGGCCUCAGAAGCAGUUGGCUAUUUUUUUUUUUUUUUUUAAUUUUUAUUGCAAGCAUACUUCUUUUAACGACUCCAGUAAAAUUAAGCAUCAAGUAAACGAAAGUGGAAAACAACCUACACUUUCAACUUUUCUCACUAGUGCCUAAAUGUAGUAAAGGCUGCUUAAAAUUUGUAUGUAGUUGGAUUUUUUGGAGGCUGAAGGUAUCCAUCUGCAGACAUUGAGGCCCAGGUUGAAUUUGAUUCAAGUGGAUUCUAAACGCUUCUGCCUAUGUUGAAGAGAGAAGCUUUAUAAGGAGCAAACAAGUUGAAUAGAGAAUAGUGAUCAAUAAUAGGCAUUUUAGUGGUCUUUUUAAUGUUUUCUGCUGUGAAGCAUUUCAAGAUUUAUUGAUUUUUUUUUCCCCUCCAUUUUCCCUACCACACUCACACACACGCUCACACUUUUUAUUUGCCAUAAUGAACCGACCAGCCCCUGUGGAGAUCUCUUAUGAGAACAUGCGUUUUCUGAUAACUCACAACCCCACCAAUGCUACUCUCAACAAGUUCACAGAGGAACUUAAGAAGUAUGGAGUGACAACUUUGGUUCGAGUUUGUGAUGCUACAUACGAUAAAGCUCCAGUUGAAAAAGAAGGAAUCCACGUUCUAGAUUGGCCAUUUGAUGAUGGAGCUCCACCCCCUAAUCAGAUAGUAGAUGAUUGGCUAAACCUGUUAAAAACCAAAUUUCGUGAAGAGCCAGGUUGCUGUGUUGCAGUGCAUUGUGUUGCAGGAUUGGGGAGAGCACCUGUACUAGUUGCACUUGCUUUGAUUGAAUGUGGAAUGAAGUAUGAAGAUGCAGUUCAGUUUAUAAGACAAAAAAGAAGGGGAGCAUUCAAUUCCAAACAGCUGCUUUACUUGGAGAAAUACCGACCUAAGAUGCGAUUACGCUUCAGAGAUACCAAUGGGCAUUGCUGUGUUCAAUAGAAAUAAGCGAAGGCUUACUCGAUUGUGGCAUUUAGAGGGAACUCUUGGUACCUGGAAAUGUGAAUCUGGAAUCUGACCUGUGUCAUCUAAGUAGUGAUGGAUUCAGUACUCCUCAACUCCUAAUGAUUGGGAAAAACACAAAUGAUAAAGCCCCUUUAUAACAUGAAUAAAAUGUUUAAGAAAAGAAAAAGGAAAGGAAAAAGGGAUUAAUUUAGUGAAAGAUGAUUUUGCUCCUAGUUUGGGAGUUUUAAUUUCUUCCAGAUUGAUUAUUUUAAAACCUCUUGUCUUUUUUCUUUUUAAAACUUUUUUCAAAAUAGGUCUUUAAGGAAAACCAGCAGAAUAUUAAUCAGCGUGGAGCCAAUUGUUGGGGAGCACAUGCUUCCAUUAUGCUUGGCACAUAGGUCUCCUUGUGGUGGGAUUUGGGGGAGGUGUUUUCCCCAUCUUCUCUCCUUCUGCCCCCCCCCAUACACAUUGUAGAUGGACUAGAAAGAAGCCCUUAUUGCUCUCUGUGUGCGUGUGCGUUGUGUGUGUGUGUGUGUGUGUCUGGCAGCCUUAAGCCCACCUGGGCACUUUUAGAGAAAAAAAAAAAAAAAAAAACAGUGGCGCAUAUAUGAUAUGAUCUGGGUGGUUUUAGUCUUUAUUGAUGAUGGGUGUUCAUGGUAGGUUCUUUUCCUCAAAGCCCUGAUCUAGCUUUAGGACAUUAGAGCAGCCAGGAGCCUGUUGUUGGCAGUUGUGAGGAAAUGCAUGUAAAGAGGAGGCUGUCUCCUCAACAACCGAGAGUAGAAGUCUUCUUUCCCAGUCACUGAAGCCAGUGAGCAGCCUAGAAGAGGAUCUUUCUCCAGGCCAUCUUAAAGUUGUGUCCAGGCAGAGAAUUAGCAUGCUUUCUACAAACUAGAGCUCUAGACUGUAGCACUGCUCUGAUUUUCUGCCUAAUGAUGUCAUAGAAAGUUGAUAUCUUAAAGUCUGAGAACUUAUUUGUACUCUGAAUUUUCAGAAACAAAGCAACAGCAAAUUCAUCCACAGUAUUUUGGUUUUGAGAAUUGCCUGUGGUGGUUAUUUUCCAAAUUACUCUCUGUAUGUACAGUUCAGUGGUUACACUGAACUGUUAUUACUAGGUUCUUUUGAGAUUAAGAAGAAAAGAAAGAAAAAUCAUUGUCAGAACCAGUAGUAGUGAGUGUGUGUCUACAGGCUGUAACAGGGUAGAAGGGAGACAUCAAACAACCCAAUGAGUAACAAAACAGACUAUGUUGCUUAUGACAUUUUGUAAAUUCUCUGCUGGGCUCAGUGUGCUGAUCUAGAAAAGCUGGUUAUCUUCUUUCUUUGGAAGGCAGUUAGGACCAGGCUGCAUUGACAAAGCAAGUGGAGGGGUAUCACCAGGGGCUCUGGUUCUCUUCACCUAAAUAUUAUAUACUUAAUACCCAGACUCUGAGCACAGGCCUGGCAUCAUCUUUGUCCACUGAAAUUUGCUGUGCAGAGCCAUAUGCUUCCCGAUUUGUUAGUAUCAGCUUGGUCAGUAGGAAUGGACUGGGACUUGGUCUUAUACUGAUGAUACCUCAGACUUUGGUUAGCUAUGUGAAUUGCCUAUUGCCUAUUUCCUAUUGCUGGAGUUGUUUUGAUUUUUAACUAAAGACAAAUUUGUAAAGUGUCUCCUCCCUCAUUCCGGAAAAUAAGAAAUAAUGCUUUUUGACAUUGUUUCUAGAAUUUUAAAGUAAAAAAUGAUGGUACUAUCAAAUUUUCUUUUUUCAGCACAUGACAGUAGAUUCCUUUAACAUAGACUCAGGAUCAAAACAUUUCACCCUCUUAAGUUCAGAUUGAUUAAAUUAGUACCAACAAAAACCUUUUCCAUUUGACAUGCUCUGAAUUUUGGUGCAUGCACAUGCUCACGUGUGAGGGUAUAUGCAUACUUUGUUCAGCAGUAUCAGUGCCUGCUUGAGUUAGAAUUACAUUUCCUGGCUCUGUGUGAGGAGAAGGGUAUAUAAAGUAACAUGAAACAGCCCUCAUUUUGUUUUAAAUAAGACUAAUGUUAAUUGUUCUCAGAACUGGACUUUUUUUUUUCUCAAAAUUAAAAAAAAAUUUCUUUUAGAUUUAAUGAAGUAUUGCUAGCUGAAGCCAGUUUUGACAUGGUGAGAGAGAUGUCAGACUGAAAGGUGUGCAGCCUGAUUUAAAACCAAGCCCUGAACCCUUUUAAAGAACAAUAAAACAUAUUUUACAUGCUC